UUCGCAGCAUAUCAUGUUGCUUGCUUUGCUACCUCAUUAAUUAAAGUGAAAUUGAAGUGGUGAACCUCGAAGGGCCAAUGUUGCAGCAAAUGAUCGGUGAUGCUUGCUCGGUGCAGCAUUGAUAACACUAAGCGCCGCCGCUGCGUAAGCCGGGUUUUCCUUGGGCUCUCGGGCGACGAUAUCCAAUAACUUCAGGGCAGAUAGCCACAUCUGACAAGUCAGUCAGUUUCUCGUAUCAAUUCGAGCCGUGACCCCGCUAUGCUUACUCUCAACUGACCCAAGCGUCGAUUGAUUCAGCUGGAUUAUAUUAUAAAUGGGUGCAACUGACCGGCUCUUCUGCUCUCACCUCAUGACAACCCAUAUACAAGUCCAUCAUGAUGGAAAGAGAUACCUCGUCUUUGUCCGAUAUCCCGCCCGUGUACGACUAUGUCGUUGUUGGAGGAGGAACUUCCGGGUUGGUGGUGGCCAGCCGAUUGACAGAAGACCCCGCAGUCAGCGUUCUGGUGUUGGAAGCUGGAAGCGAUGGUGUCGACGAUCCGCGUAUCGCAGCUCCGGGCCUCUCGGCCAGUACCUAUUUUGACCCUGAAUUCGAUUGGAGCCUUAUCAGUGAACCUCAGGAAAGUCUUAAUGGCCGACGCCUUGCUCAGUCCCGCGGUCGAACAUUGGGAGGUUCCUCGGCUAUCAACAUGGGCAUGGCAAUCUACCCUAGCCGUAGCGAUAUCGACUCAUGGGAGCAGCUGGGAAACUCGGGCUGGAACUGGAAGUCUCUCUCCACCUACAUGCGAAAAUCGCAAACAUUCAUACCGCCGUCGGAUGAGAUUCGUGACCAGCUAUCGCUUGACUAUGUCGACCUGGAUGUUCAAGGGACCGAUGGACCCAUCCAGAUUUCGUUUGGUAAUGGGCCUUAUCCGGCGUUCACGGCUGCCUGGCCCCGGACCUUUGAGGCUUUGAAUCAUCGGCUGACAGGCGACCCAAUGUCUGGUCUGGCCAAGGGUGCCUUUUGCAAUCCGGCUACUAUCCACGGGACCUCACGGGCUCGUAGUCAUGCGGGCGUCGCCUAUUAUACUCCCGAAAUAGCGCAACGCUCGAAUCUCCGAGUCAUCACCGAAGCAUUUGUGGAGAAGGUUCUGCUCGACAAGACAGCCUGUGUCGAUGACGGCCAAGCUAUCGCGACCGGUAUCCAGUUUCGAGGGAUUGAUGGAAUCCAACGCACGGUGGCCGCAAGAGCAGAGGUUAUCCUAGCGGCUGGCACAAUCAAGACACCGCAUCUGCUAGAGCUCUCAGGCAUCGGUGACGCAAAGCUUCUGCAAGCGCAUGGUAUCGAUAUUAUCAUCGACAAUCCCAAUGUAGGCGAGAACCUGCAAGAACAUGGCCUUCCUUUACGGGAUCCUGAGGUAGCCAAAGCCGCCAUGGAAGCAUGGCAGUCUUCGGGAGCUGGACCACUAGGCUCCCAUCCACUAGGUUCGGCUUUUAUGACUCACCCGGAAUUGGAAACCGGCGAGCUAUCCGGCCUCAUAGAAAAGCACCUGAAAGAGGAAGGUUCCGCGAGACAGACGGCGCAGUACCGUGUUCUUCGCCGAUUUCUCGAAGAUGACGACGAGCCAACGUGCCAGUAUACGCUAGCACCAUUCCAAAUGACGCCUGACAAAGGCUCCGAUCCUAGAGGCACCUUUAGCAUGUCAGAGCCCGGAAAUUACGUUAGUAUAGUGGCAGUCUUGAACUGGCCAUUUUCCCGAGGUUCGGUACAUCUAGCCUCGUCAGAUCCAACAGUGCUGCCGACUUUCGACCCUCGUAUGCUGUCACAUCCACUUGAUCUGGAGAUCCAAGCGCGUCAUGUAAUGUGGCUUGAGACGCUGGCAGCCACGGAGCCCAUGGCAUCGCUGCUGAAGCCGAAUGGCCGUCGACUGCACUAUCCGACGCGUGUGACGAGCUUGGAAACAGCGCGUGAGCUCACGCGGGACCGCAUAAUAUGUCAUUAUCAUGUUUCAGGAACAGCAGCUAUGAUGCCGCAAGAGAUUGGGGGUGUGGUUGAUGAUCGGUUGAGGGUUGUGAUGCCACUAAUUCCUCGUGGGAAUAUCCAGACGACAGUGUAUGCUGUGGCGGAAAAGGCUGUUGAUAUUAUCAAGGAGGAUAGAUUGGCUUCAUCGUGA